CACUUUUCGAACAAGAAAAGCAAUUCAUCCAAUAAAAAAGACAAGAUGCCCUUCGGCGAGAUCACAUUGAACGACGGACACAGGAUUCCAGCAAUCGCUUUCGGUACCUGGAAGAUCCCAAAGGAAGUCACACCUUUUCAAGUGGGCCAAGCUAUUGAUGUUGGAUUUGACCACAUCGACACCGCUCAGGUUUAUCACAACGAGGAGGAAGUAGGCCAGGCUAUCAAGGAGAGCGGUUUGUCGCGCAACCAGCUCUGGGUUACAACCAAAUGGAGUGGAAUCGAUGGAAAGGGUGCUCGACAGUCGAUUGGAGAAAGCUUGGAGAAGUUGGGUCUAGAGUACCUUGAUCUCUACCUCAUCCACUCCCCUCAGGUCACAAAGGGAGACAUAAAGGGAGCUUGGAAAGAGUUGGAGACGUUACAGAAAGAAGGAAAGACAAAGUCCAUCGGCGUAUCAAAGCAAGUCUAUUAUCAAACAAUUUUUUUCGCAUCACUCUCUGACGUUUGGGAUAGCUUCAACAAGGAGCAGCUUCAAGAGCUACUGGCACACGCUACAGUCAAGCCGGUCGUCAACCAGAUCCUUCUCCAUCCUUAUGUCAUCACUCGAACUGCACCGCUGCUUGAAUACCUCGAAGAACAGAAUAUCGUUGCUGAAGGCUAUUCGACCCUGAUCCCCCUCACUUCUCGGCCCGGAGGUCCCGUUGACAAGCCUGUGAACCAAAUUGCCGAAAGGCUAAACGUCAAGCCCGAACAGGUCCUUUUAGCAUGGUCCCGCGCCAAGAGAGCUAUUCCAGUUACCACUUCUUCAAGGAAGGCGCGACUUGAGGGUUAUCUCGACGUUGGCGACAUCACUCUCACCGAAGACGAUGUCAAGGCCAUCGACAAGGCUGGCGCCAAGGGGGAACUUUGGUUCGAUUGUAAGGCCCGCUUUGAAAAGGUCUUGAUAGGGGCUGUAUUCUUAAUUGCUUUGAUCUGGCUCUUCAAGACCUACUGCCGCCAUUAG